AUCGGUGUUGCCACGGAACUGUGAUCUGGUGCAGGCGGCAGUGAGGAAUGGCAGCUGCGUUUGGCGCUGCCGGCGCCGGGCAACUGGGGUUGGGCGACGAAGGUCCCAUUUCAACAUCAUAUCGGUCAUUGGCCGUGCCCAGCGGGUUGCGAGCAGCAGCAGCAGGAGCUUACCACAGCCUGCUCGUCACUACUGAUGGACUGGUCUACUCGGCGGGCAAGAAUGAUCACCGCCAGCUUGGACGGAGUGGUCCCGCAGGCAUCUUCAAGCGGAUUGAGGCGAUUGAAGUGGCGAGCAUACGUCAGGUCGCAGCCGGCGAGGACUUUAGUCUAAUGCUCGAUGAUCGCGGCAAGGUGUAUGCCGUUGGUGCUGGCGAACGUGGCCAGCUGGGCUGUGGCCGGCAGACCAGUGAGGAAGGACAUCGGGUUCCCAAGAUUAUUCGCAGUUUGCAUGAUGUGCCCAUCGUAGCCUUGAGUGUUGGGGGGCGACAUGCCCUGGCCCUCUCCGCAAGCAGCAUCGUUUUUGCCUGGGGUGAAAAUGCCAACGGCCAGCUGGGCAACGGCCACUUUGUUCCCUCCUAUCAGCCCACGCCCAUUCCAGAACUCAACGGCCGGGGUGUGGUUGGGCUAGCCGCGGGCCGUCAACAUUCGUUGGCUCUUACAGCCGCAAGCGAACUCUAUGCUUUUGGCGCCAACGAGCACGGGCAGUUGGGUGUUGGGGACACCAAGCCGCGUCUGCGUCCAGAGUUGGUGCGGGCUGCCCUGCGCAAAGGUUUAGUCAAGGUGAGCGCCGGCGAUUUUCAUAGCCUAGCCCGCUCUGCCACAGGGCACGCCUUUGCCUGGGGAGGCAACCAAUGGGGCCAAUGCGGUGUGGGUGACGAUGCGGAUGCCAUUCUGCUUCCCCGGGAAAUCGACUCGGUGCAAGAGCAUGGUCACAUCGCCGACAUUGCCACGGGCAAACGUCACUCAGUUCUGCUGGUGGUCACGUCCAAUCAAACGACUCCGACCCCCUCGACCUUUCACAAGCAGUUGCUCUUUACUUUUGGCGCCAACUCCUUAGCCCAGCUGGGUGUGGCUGCAGGCGGGGACCACAGCUUGGUUCUGUACGAGGAAAGAGCCGAAGAAGCCCCCGAGUCUAAACGCGCCUUUGCUUUUGAUGACUUGGCCAUCGCAAUGCCGAUCGCCGCUCUGACCGCUGAUCAGGUGCGCGAGCUCGCUCGAACAGAUCGGCCUCGACUGCAUCAGCAACUUGAAAUCAUGCUCAGUUCGGCUGGAUGUCUCAACGCCGCCUUUUUGACAACGACGGACAGACCAGCAGAUGGCGUGAUUGUGGCGCUUGGUCAGGUCCGAUCGUUUUUCGAGGCCAUUGUCGCGCUCAACGACGAACAUGCCACUGAGGUCGUGUCCCGUGCACUACGAAAGCUGUUUGGCAACCUCCAGCACAUUUCUCCCAUCAACGAGAAUCAUUAUCUCUUUCUUCUGGUCUUGCUGGAAUGUCCAUUGCUGCUCAAGCCGGAAAGUCACAGCGUGCCCUUGGAAGGGUUGGUGCGCGUCUUUACACAAGUCACGCACCAACGUAGUGACGCGGUUGGCGAGCACAUGCUCAAGUCCUACCUGCAUGCGCCAGUCACCUAUUUGCACCGGGCUGUUCAGGUGCUACAAGGCUACUUGAGCCAUCUUCUCACAGGCCGUGGCACCGCCUCAGAGCCCGUGUAUUUGACUUGCGUGAGUCUUCAAGCCCUAUACUUCCUGAACAAGCGUGUUGACAAGCUCAAAGCGUCGGCAUUUUACAACGAUCAUAUUGGGUCUACGCCGGCCAUGCUUCAAGAAAUGUUGGUCUGGGUACUCAACAAGAGCAAUGUUUUUAGCUUCUGCAUGUUUCCGUUUUUGAUCCCCUUGCCCGUGAAAGAGCAGAUUGUUUUUCAAGCGUCCCAGGCUGCCAUGAUGCAAUCGGCCAUGACGAGCAUGCUCACAGGUGCCGAGGCACCUGUGUUGGUGCUAAAGGUGCGCCGAACUGACAUCCUGGAAGAUACUAUGAAGGCUCUUUCCAUGGUCUCGCCAACCCAAUGGACAAAGCCCCUUCGGAUCAAAUUUGAGGACGAAGAAGGCGUGGAUGAGGGUGGCUUGGUGAAAGAAUUCUUCCAGCUGGUCAUGCCCAAGUUGUAUGCCCAUGCGUUUGUCCCGAUGGAGUCCGAGGGUCUGCGAUGGUUUUGGUUUGCAGGUCCUACCGAAGACCGCUUGCAGGCCUACUAUGCCAUGGGUCUCUUGUUUGGCUUGGCUUUGUACAAUCAUGUGCUUGUUGAGCCUCUGUUCCCUUCUGUCUUUUACAAGAUGCUGCUUUUGGCAGAUCCUGAGAUGAGCCAGCUGACUCUUGACGAUUUGGCGUCAUGUGCCCCGGAUGUGGCCAAGGGCCUGCGCUCGCUCCUUGACUAUGACGGUCACAACGAAAAAGAAGUCUUUGGGUUAACCUUUGAACUUUCACACAAGGAUGUUGAUGGUCGGGUGGAGACGAUGGAGCUCAAGGUGUGUGUGUGUGUGUGUGUGUGUUUGUGUGUUUUGGUGACUCCCGUCCUUGUUUCCGACCUUGCUCAAGCAAACCGUUGGGAGAUGGACGUGACAGCGUUGAACAAGCACGAGUAUGUGCAACUUUACGUGCAGUAUUACUUGUAUGAACGCGUCGCAGCUUCUGUCGAUGCCUUUCGCACUGGCUUUUUUAUGAUAGUUCAAAAGACACCUGCAUUUUACAUGCUCCAGCCCCGCGAGCUGGAGCUACUUCUCUGUGGCAACCCCGAGUACAAGCUCGACCAGUUAAAGGACAAUGCGCGAUAUAUUAAUUACUCGGCCAAGGACACAGUCGUUCAGUGGUUUUGGGACUAUGUCUUGGCACUGCCGCAAUCCAAGCGACGUCGCUUCCUCAUGUUUCUGACGGGCUCCAUGCGCGUGCCCGUGCAAGGCGCCAAGGGCAUCAAGGUGACCAUUCAGCGUGUCGCUGACACGACUCGACUUCCAGUUGCUCAUACCUGCUUUAAUGUGCUCGACCUGCCGCCGUACGAAACACGUGAAGAGCUGGAACGCAAGCUUGGGUAUGCGCUUGAGGAAACGGAGGGAUUUGCUUUGGUAUAGAAGCACUUCCAUUUGCAGGGCCCAACGGCCGUUGUGGUUGGUCCAUCGAGUCCACAAUGACAGAGGGCCCAAUUCGAAAAAAAAA